AUGAAUUGUUUUAACGCGUUUUUCGUUUUCAUGUCUAUAGUGUUUCUCGUAGAGUGCGGGGAACUCUUUGAUAGACAUAGUGGAAAGAAAAUACACGAACCGGACUGUGCAAGGCAAUGUUCAAUCGAGGUGAAUCCGUGCACCCCACACGAGGGCAGCCGCGUCGAUGGCACGUGCAACAACUAUAAACACCCCACAAGGGGCUCCGCCAGAGGCCCCUACUUGAGGAUGCUCAAGCCGGAUUAUGGACAUAUGGGUACACUUCGAGAGAACAAACAUGGAGGAUCUCUUCCCUCAGCGAGGAAGGUCAGAACCACCCUGCAGACUACUGGUCGGGUGGUGGACAAGAAGACCUUCAACAUGGCCGCAGCCACCUUCAUGGAGUUCGUCGGUAGCGAUGUCAGCCAGAUCAAUGGGCCAUUGGACUACCUAAGGAAAAGGACUUACUGCUGCCACCAUGAAGGCAAAAAGGACCCUCGAUGCGCGCCCAUCCCCAUUCCCCACGAUGACCCCUACCUUCGCGUGACAGACCUGCACUGCAUGAACUACUCAAGGAUCGAAACGUUCCAAGACAUCGGCUGCAUUCCUCAUGAUACGCAACCAGAACAAAUAAACGAGCAAACACCGUUGCUGGACCUCUCAACGAUUUACGGAGUUGACGACGAACACCUGAAUUCUAUUCGGAUGUAUGAGCAUGGUUUACUGAAGGAGGAGAAGAGAAGAGACCGCCAUGUACCCACCAACGAGACGCGAGAUGUGUGCUUCCAGAACAGAGGGCACCAUCCCAUUUGUUAUAAGUUUGGUAACUCUGAGGUCGCCAACUUCGACUUACCAAGAACAAUGCUAAGCAUCUACUUCUACCGGGAGCACAACAGGAUCGCUCGGGAGUUGCACGAGCUCAACCCGUGCUGGAAGGACGAGAAACUCUUCCAAGUGGCGCGGCAGAUCAACAUUGCCACCUUUGCCAACAUCAUGCUUUACGAGCUUCUACCAGUUCUGAUGGGUCGCAAGAACUUGGUGCACAACGGCCUUAUGUCUGAACAUGUUGAGUACGUAAACGCUUACGACGAGAGCAUGGAGCCGCUUGUGUACGCCGAGUUCGAGCUGGCCAAACGAUUCUUCCGUACCAUCUGGGAUGGAAGGCUGAAGAAAUACAACGACGACUACCACUACGUCGGCGAAUUCUCGUACAGUGACACGUUCUUCAGACAAGAGCUCAUUGAACAGCACUCGAACUUCGAAGAGCUGAACCGUGGCCUUUUCUACCAGAAUGCCGCUCAGAUUGAUGACAUACAAGACCCUGAUGUUUCCGAAAAGGCUUACGGAGAGAUACUCAAGGCCCACGACCGUGUGGCGGUAGACAUCCAGAGAGGCAGAGACUUCGGUCUGCCAGGGUACACCAGCUACAGGCACGUGUGUGGCCUCAAACCAGUCAAGCAUUUCCACGACCUUUUGGAUGUUAUGAGUGCUGAGAAAAUGGAAGCCCUCAUGAGUCUGUACCAAGACGUCGACGACAUCGACCUGAUGGCUGGCAUCAUGGCCGAAGACCUGAUGCACGGCACCUUCGUCGGACCGACCUUGUACUGCAUCCUGGCCAGGCAGAUGUACCUGUUCAGAUUUUGGUUCGAGAGGGGACAGCAGUACACCAGCUUUACUCUACCUCAACUGCACGAGAUCAGGAAGACAAACAUGGCGCGCCUGGCGUGCGACAACGCAGAGGGCAUCACGCAUAUCCAGCCGCAGGCGCUGCUCAAUGUGGGACAUGGAAACGACCAUGUCCCGUGCAACAAGAUAGCAAAGGCUGACCUAUCGAAAUGGUACGACGACUCCUGUCACCACAGCCAUGACUACAAACCCUAUGGAGACGACUACAAACCCUACGGAAACUACCACAGCCAGCCUUACUACGGACCUAGAGUCAGUAGCUACUACUCCCGUUAUCAGUAA